UCCCGCCUCUGCUGGGGGCGCCGCGAGCACUGGCCGGUCCGCGGGGCGGACAGGUGGGGCCCCGGCGGGCGGAGACCCUCAGUCUCCACCUUGCGAGGUCCGGCUCCGGAGCUGCCAUGAUUGAAGUGGUAGCAGAGCUGAGCCGAGGUCCCGUGUUUAUGGCGGGGGAGGCGCUGGAGUGUGUGGUGACUGUCACCAACCCCCUGCCCCCCACGGCCACCUCUGCAUCCAGUGAGGCUCUGGCCUGGGCCAGUGCCCAAAUCCACUGCCAGUUCCAUGCCAGCGAGACUCGAGUAGCGCUGCCUCCCCCAGACUCCAAUCAGCCAGAUGUUCAGCCUGAGAGCCAGACUGUCUUUCUCCCACACCGAGGUGAGAGGGGUCAGUGUAUCCUUUCCACUCCACCGAAAAUCCUAUUCUGUGACCUGAGGCUAGACCCUGGAGAGUCCAAAUCAUACUCCUACAGCGAAGUGCUGCCCAUAGAGGGACCGCCCUCCUUUCGAGGUCAGUCAGUCAAGUAUGUCUACAAACUGACCAUUGGCUGCCAGCGUGUCAACUCGCCCAUCACUUUACUCAGGGUCCCUCUGAGGGUUCUUGUGUUGACUGGCCUUCAAGAUGUCCGGUUUCCCCAGGAUGAGGCUGUAGCCCCAUCCAGUCCAUUCUUGGAGGAGGACGAAGGUGGGAAGAAGGAUUCGUGGCUAGCUGAGCUGGCCGGGGAGCGCCUCAUGGCUGCCACAUCCUGCCGCAGCCUCCAUCUGUACAAUAUCAGUGACGGCCGAGGAAAAGUUGGGACAUUUGGCAUCUUCAAAUCCGUAUACAGACUUGGCGAGGACGUGGUGGGGACCUUAAACUUAGGGGAAGGAACUGUAGCUUGUUUGCAGUUUUCAGUGAGCUUACAGACUGAGGAGCGUGUACAGCCUGAGUACCAGCGGCGCCGAGGGGCAGGGGGCGCCCCCUCGGUGUCCCACGUGACUCACGCCCGACACCAGGAGUCCUGCCUACACACAACCAGAACCAGCUUCUCCCUCCCCAUCCCUCUCAGCUCCACCCCAGGCUUCUGCACAGCCAUUGUGUCCCUAAAGUGGCGGUUGCAUUUUGAAUUUGUAACAUCCCGAGAACCAGGUUUGGUGCUCCUGCCUCCUAUGGAACAGCCCGAACCUGUCACCUGGACAGGACCUGAGCAAGUGCCUGUAGACACCUUCAGCUGGGACCUCCCUAUCAAGGUGCUGCCUACAAGCCCGACGCUGGCCUCAUACGCAGCCCCAGGCCCCAGCACCAGCACCAUAACCAUCUGAAGCGGGCUCACCGCAGCACUACUUUUUUCAGGACACUGAGGACUCAGCGCCUGCGCUCUACUAGGGCCCAGUUUGUUUCCACCUGGGGCCCAGUGGCACGGACAAUGAGGAGCAGGCUUUUAGCUAUAGCAUUAAUUUAUUUAUUCAGAAUAAAUUGGCAGCUGCUAGUGGUUUCCCUGGAAGUGGCGGCAGCAGUGGCAGUCAGCAGAAGGGUGAUCCGUUAAGUUUAGCUGGAGUGGGGAGCAGGAGCCCCAGGAACAGGGGUGUUAGCUGAGCCCCACUCUGGGUCAGGCCCUCCCCCUUUGCAGGGCAGCCGAGGGUCAGAUUUUUGCACCAGGGAGAAUUGGCAGGUUCCUGCCUCCCGUUGCACCUCACACUCAGCAGGGAAGUCGAUGGGAUGCUGGGACCUGGGGAACCAAAGGAUGGGGAAGGAGUCAGCACGGCGAAGGGCCAUCUUUACCCCGCCACACACAUUCCCUCCUUCCCGGCAUUCCUCCCAUAUCUCUGUCAGUGCUCCCUUGGUUCUCCUAAGUAAAUUCUCACCUACCACA